AUGGCCCGAUGUCUCACUAAUUGUAUUGAGGGGCCCAUGCGCAUGGGUUUUCAAGCUAUUGGACACUUUAUCGGAAGGUACCCGUGGUGGUUUCUUAUUAUUCCCAUGAUGGUCUCCGCUGCCCUAGGAGGGGGUUUUUAUUUUUUGAAGGACAGAGAAGCAAAUGAUAUCGAGGAACAAUUUACACCCGUGAAUGGUCCUGCAAAGAAAGAGAGAUCUUUUGUUCAAGCAAACUUUCCAGAAAACGAUUCAAUGUUUUCAGUUCAAAGGCUUACAACUGAAGGGACAUAUGCGGCCAUCAUAGCGGUUUCGGAAAACAACAUUUUAACAAAAGCAGCAUUUGAGGAAAUAUUGCUUUUAUAUAACAUGGUGAUGAAAAUAACUGUGGAAGGACUUCGAUAUAAUAACAUUUGCGCCAUUGUGGAACAGGAUUGUUAUUCGAACGUGAUUCUGGAUAUAAUUGGUGACAAUGCAAGCAGCAUUGAAAACAUCAACAUUACGUUCCCAAUGUAUAAUUCCACAGCUGGCUUUGUUUUUCUGGGGUCCACUGUUGGUGGUGUACAGGGUUCUGUAAUCGUUGAACAAGCACAUGCAAUACGACUUUUUUUCUACUUACAAGAAGACCAGAGGCCUGUAACAUCUCUGUGGCUGAAAGAGUUCAUUAAAUUAUUUUCUGAAGAACACUUUGAAAAGGUGUCGGUGUCAUAUUUUACUUCGUUCUCAAGGCAGGAAGAGUUUGAAGCAAAUUCAAAGACUGUUAUUCCUCUGUUUGCAGCCACCUACGCCCUUGCUAUUUCAUUUUCCAUCGUGUCAUGUUUAAGGUUGGACAAUGUGAGAAACAAGGUGUGGGUGGCGACGUUUGGAGUGCUGUCAGCAGGCCUGGCUGUGCUGUCUAGCUUUGGCUUGCUGCUGUAUGCCAGUGUACCCUUCGUGAUGACUGUGGCCACCGCCCCUUUCCUGAUUCUAGGGAUUGGUGUGGAUGACAUGUUCGUCAUGAUAGCGUGCUGGCAGCAGACCAACGUGCACGCCAGUGUAGAGGACCGUCUGGCAGACACGUACAAGGAGGCAGCCAUCUCUAUCACCAUCACCACACUGACCGACCUCCUGGCUUUCUACAUAGGAAUCAGCACCCCCUUCCGGUCCGUGCAGUCUUUUUGUCUCUACACUGGCACCGCCGUCCUGUUCUGCUACAUUUUAAACAUCACUUUCUUUGGCGCCGUCUUGGCUCUGAACGGUCGGAGGGAGGAGAGCAAUAGACACUGGCUGACCUGCAUGACAAUUCCACAGGAGUGUCCCCCGGAACGUUCUGGAGGGUACAGCAUCUGCUGUGUUGGCGGGGCGUAUGACAAAAAUACUAACACUGAGGUAGCACAGCCAAUCAGUUACUUCUUUCUGAAAUACUAUGGGCCAUUCCUGACCAAAAAGUACAGCAAGAUUUCUGUUGUCAUCCUCUAUGUUCUUUAUUUGUGUGUCAGCAUUUAUGGGUGCUUCAACAUGCAGGAAGGAAUAGACCUUAAAAAUUUAGCAUCUGAUGAUUCAUAUGUUGUUCAGUAUUAUACCCAUGAAGAUAAGUACUUUUCAGAGUAUGGUCCGAACGUCAUGAUAGUGGUAAAAAACACACUUCCUUACUGGGAAGAAAGUGAGCGUUCCACCCUUGAUAAAUGCUUGAAAAAUUUUGUUGAUCUGUUCAUUGUUGAUCCGGAAUUGUUCACAUCCUGGCUUGAUGCAUACAAUGUAUAUUUGAAAAAAUCCUCGUUGGAUAUAAACAACAAGACUAUAUUUCUGGAAAACCUGCCGCCAUUUUUUGUGCAGGCUCCAGUGUUUAAACAAGAUUUGAACUUCACUAACCAGGAGAUACACGCCUCACGCUUCUUCAUUCAGACUGUGAAUAUCACCAGUUCGGAGCAGGAAAAGGAGAUGUUGAAUGUUUUGAGACAGACAGCCGAAAGAUGUCUAGUUCCUCUGCUGGUUUAUCACCCUACAUUUAUCUUCUAUGAUCAGUAUGCAGUCAUACGGAAAAAUACGAUUCAGAAUAUAUUGGUUGCCACUGUUGUCAUGCUGGUCAUCUCCCUCUUGUUGAUUCCCAACCCGCUCUGUUCACUGUGGGUGACCUUUGCCAUUGCCUCUGUCAUAGUAGGCGUGGCCGGUUUCAUGAUGUUUUGGGACAUAAACCUGGACUCUGUAUCAAUGAUAAAUCUAGUCAUCUGCAUUGGUUUCUCUGUGGACUUCUCGGCUCACAUCUCCUAUUCCUUUGUUUCAAGCAGCAAACCCAUUGUGAAUGAGAGGGCUAUCGAUGCUCUGUACUCCCUGGGCUACCCCAUAGUGCAGGGAGCCAUCUCCACUAUAUUAGGGGUGGUGGUGCUUGCUGCAGCAGAGAGCUACAUCUUCAGGACGUUCUUCAAAAUCAUGUUCCUGGUCAUUUCUUUCGGGCUGCUUCAUGGCAUCGUAUUCAUUCCUGUGUUCUUGACCUUUUUUGGGUUUUGUAGUAGAAAAACCACACACAGUUAG